UUGUUGUUAACCUGCAAUUAUGGUAACGAUUUAUUAAACCAAGUUCAUUUUCAAAAUAAUCACAGUAAAAUGACAAGUCGUCGAUCUGUCUAUGAUGAAACACCAACGGAGAUACCUAGCCUACCUCCUUUGUAUCGAUACCCUGAAUGGUACAAGGAAAGACUGAUCAAACAACAAAAUGAAUUAGAAAAAUAUGCCAUGGAAGCCAAGGAAUUCAGCAAAAACAUGGAUCAGAAUAGUAAACGAUUAUCUGAAAUGGAAUUUGAUGAAGAAGAAGUUCUUACACCUGAACAAAAGGAGUUUUUUACCAAUUUAGUGAAUGGAAAACAGUACAUUGAAGAAGUCAAGAAUCUCAUAAAUAGAAUUGAAAUAAAAAUGGAAGAAGAAAAAAUGGAAGCAAUACGAUUAAAAAAGUCUUGUCAAAAUAUUAGAUUGGAUAUGUAAAAAUAUUAACUUGAUUAAUGGAUAAAAAAAUGUUU